UAAAACCAAUCUUCAAAGUUACACCAACUUCAAAUCCACACUCCACGCAAACAACAUUAAAGGAAAAGUAUAUAACCCUAACACUUAGAAAAAAAGAAGAUUACAGACCAAACUGCAGCAAAAAGUCUUCAUUUCCUUCUUUCCUGCUUCUUAUAAUACUUCUCCAGCUCGAUCUACUGUGUUUAAUUUUCAUGCUAGAUUUCUUUGCACUUUCAUAUCUAAGGUUCAUCUUCUUUGAAGAAUAAUUGUGAGUUUUGAGGGAGAUCAAUGGGGACUUUGGGGGCUUCUCUCUUGCUUCCAACAAAGCCAAUAAUAGCUCCUGAGAAGAAAGGAUCUCAGUUUGUGUUCAGAGAAAGAUCGAGAAAGAACCGCUCAGUUGUUGUCCCUGUGGCAAGGCUGUUUGGGCCAUCAAUAUUUGAAGCAUCGAAGCUGAAGGUUCUGUUUCUGGGAGUUGAUGAGGAGAAGCACCCUGGGAAACUCCCUAGAACUUACACUCUUACACACAGUGAUAUCACCUCUAAGAUCACUCUGGCCAUCUCUCAAACCAUUAACAGUUCCCAGUUGCAGGGAUGGUAUAAUAGGCUGCAGAGAGAUGAAGUGGUCGCAGAGUGGAAGAAAGUGAAAGGGAAAAUGUCACUUCAUGUUCAUUGCCACAUCAGUGGGGGCCAUUUCUUGCUUAACUUGUGUGCUAAACUUCGAUUCUACAUCUUCUGCAAAGAACUCCCUGUGGUUCUGAAGGCUUUUGUCCAUGGAGAUGGGAACCUGUUGAAGAAUCACCCAGAGCUCCAAGAUUCCCUGGUUUGGGUUUACUUCCACUCCAUCAUCCAAGAGUUCAACAGGGUAGAGUGCUGGGGCCCACUCAAGGAAGCCGCCUCUCCUCCUCCACCUCCUCAGCCGUCCAUCGCCGCUGAUGGCGGCUCAUCAGGCGGGGUUGGGGCCCACACAGAGAAGACAAGUUUGCUAAGCAACUGGGAAAUACCACAGCCGUGUCACGACACGUGUAACUGUUGCUUUCCCUCCACAACUUCCAUUCCUUGGACGGCGUCGUCUUAUUCAUCGCGUGGUCCUUUUGGGCCUCUUGGAACCAAUGAGCCCAUUCAAUUUGGCCCACAACAGCAAAAUUUCAGAUAAUAUUACUCUGUAAUAUAUUAUGAGAUUACCAGGCAAAUUGUAUUAUUUCCAUCUUGCAUGGUAAACUCAAGUAUAUAAAUUUUAUUAUUUAAUUUUAUAUCAAAUAAUAUUAUUGA